UCUCCUCUCUCUCUCUCUCUCUCUCUCUGAUAUGAAGGCGAUGCGAGGUGUACGGAACAGCCAAAACGACGCCGUGAGGCUCGACCUGACCAUCGUCUCUCCACCGCAUCCUUCGCCGGCGGCCAGCCUCCUGUCGAUCGAUGCGGCGGAGACGGCGGAGGUGAAGAUCCGACGGCUGAUAUCGGAGCAUCCGGUGAUCAUCUUCACUCGAUCCUCCUCGUGCUGCAUGUGCCACGUCAUGAAGAAGCUCCUCUCCACCGUCGGAGUCCACCCAACGGUUAUCGAGCUCGACGAAACCGAGAUCUCCGACGCCGCCGCAACUGUUUCUCACGCGCCACCGGCGAUCUUUAUUGGCGGCGCGUGCGUAGGUGGACUCGAGUCCCUCGUCGCUCUCCACCUCAGCGGUCACCUUGUCCCUCGCCUCGUCCAGGUCGGAGCUCUUUGGGUAUAAUUACAAUUUCAUUAAUUAAUCUCAACUAGCUUUCCUAAUUAUAUAUAUUAUAAGCAUAUAAUAAAUGCUUUUGUAAAUUUCUGAGCAUGCUUUCUAAAUUAAAUGUACCUCUGUUGUUUAAAUAGUCUUAAUUUCGUUUUCUA